GCAAGGAAAGCUAAGGAGGAGCGUUUACGUUUAGAAGCUGAAGCGGAAACAGACAAUGGCGCAAUGAGAAGAAGUUGAAAGAUGAGCAACAUGACGCUGAGAUUGACAAGAAGUUGGAGAUCCAACUGGCAAUUAAGAUUGGGGAUUUUUUCGAUCGCAUGGAGGCAAAUCUUGGACCAGUUUUGGAGUUCGUUCGUAAGACUCGGACAACGAAGCAACCAGUACGAGUACCUGAUGACUCGAAUGAUGAUAGUGGGGGAAGCGCUACUGAGGACAUCCGAGCUCGUACUAAGAACCUGAUUAUCCAUGAGAAGAGGAAAAGGGGACCUGAGGUAGUUUUCGAUGAUAGUCCGCCUCUUGUGACUCCGGCCAAGCGCACGCCACGUCGGACUGAUACGAAGAAGAAGGCGGUGCGUACUCCUGGCCAUGCUACCAUGUCGAAGGCGAAGGUGAGGACAAAGCUAUCACCAUAUGUGGAGAAGCUUAAGAAGACCCCAGGACAACCAAGUACUGUCGAGAAGCUGCGCUUUCGUAACCAACAGAUGGAAGACCUUCGAGCUCUCGGAACUUUGGAACUUCAGGGGAUCUGCAAGGAUGAAGGAGUGGCUUACAACGGCAAAGUCGACGCGAUAUUCGAUAUCGCGAGUUACCGUACUAGGGUUCAUUUUGGGGACAUCGGACCAAUCGAUCUGUCAAUUGUUGCAGACCAACCGGAUGAAGAAUCAGCAACUGCUGACGAUGAAGUCACGGAACAAGAGGCUUAAUUUGUUUACGAAUUAGACAAGAUUUGGCGGAUUGUGGACUACGUUACGGAAUACAGGAGACGUUUGAAUAUUAUUGACCAUAAAGUCGAGGAACUGCUCAGGUUGUGUGUUGUAGUGCUGAGCUGCAGAAAGGAAAUCAGAUGAAAUGGUGGCAGGAUGAUCGGGUGGUUUUUUGGAUCAUCUGACAGGGUUUUCGUUUUUCUUUUCUUUUCUGUUUUUGGUUGACACUGUUAUUUGCUUUUCCUCUGGUAGGAGUGUUUUUGACUUCUGUUUUUGAGGGCCUGAGCGCCUCGAUGGGUGCUACCGGUUGUUGAGGCCCCUUGACUCGUUUUGAUUUGUUGUUUACAGACAGCCUGAGUAACCCACGGUGGUCCUUGUUUUUGAGGGUAGUGGGAAACCCGGUACUCYGRCUGCUUGCUUGUUUUUUCGGCACUGUUUGUCUGUGAUAAAUAGGAACACGAUCA